AUGAACGGCAGCACCGGCGAACGACCAUACAGAUCACACCUGCAGCCGGCAUGCCUGCCCUGUCGUCGACGCAAGUCGCGAUGCCAGACCGAAUCCGACGCCACCGCGUGUCUCAUGUGUCGAGCCCACGGCACCGACUGCGUCUACCCUGGCGAUGCAAAGGUCGACGACCAGAGGGCAGCAGCCCCGGGCAACGUGAAAGCAUCCACAACGACACCAGCCAAGCGUCGACGUCGGAGCAGCGCCCUGCCCAGGACGACCAUCUCGGCGGCGAGGACUUCACGCGCACACCUGCCGCCUCGCCUGCCCCCGACCACCGUGUCUCCGAUCAUGGAGCGGACCAGGCUGCCCAACCUGCUGUCACCACUGCCACCCAUCACCCACGCCCAGCCCCCAGCAGCAGCAGAAGCAGCUACCACGUCCAUCGCAGGGCGAGCGCACCAAAAUAUGUACGACGAAGACCCGUUUGACUCUUCUGCGGAUGACCAGGCCCAGAACCUGCACAUUGUCGGCCCGGCCGUGACCAAGGACAGCCAGGUCCUGUCCGACUAUCUGUCUGCCAUCCCCGGGGCCACCAGGGGGACCCAGAUGAUCGUCCCCGUACCGGCGAACCGCUCACGGCCCGUCCUCUUCACCCGCGUCCAGAAGAGACCGCUAGGCGUGUCCCUGAAUCGUAGUCCGUCCGCCGAGAAAUUGGAGAUCAUCGAGAACCUCGUGGGCGCUGACGCUGCGGACAUGAUCUCGCUAUACUUUGCCAAGGUCAAUUCUUGCUUUCCCAUUCUGGAUGAAGUCCUGUUCAGGCGCCAGUACCAGGCGAACAAGGACCGGAUAUCACCCGCGCUCAUUGCCACCCUGUUCGCCCACAUCCUCGUGUACUGGAGGCACGCCAAGCCAGAGGGCCAGCAUCGCCUGCCGGAUAGCCGUUUCAUUUGGAACCUGGCCAACGGUGCGGUGUACUCUGAGCUGCAUCUUUCCCCAGGCAUGUCCAUCAUCAAAGCCAUUAUUCUGAACAUUGGCGGCCUCCCCACCACGUCCCUGAUCGGCAACGGGGUUCUCCUGGGAUCGGCCGUGUCCAUGGCACUGUCGCUAGGUCUGAACCACAAUCCACUGCCGUGGGAGAUUCCGCAGAUAGAAAAGUGUCUACGGAUGAAGAUCUGGUGGGCGCUCCUUGUCCAUGACAGAUGGACAAGUCUUGCGCACGGCACGCCGCCACACAUAUCCAGAGCACAGUAUGAUGUGCCGCCGCCCACGCUGGAGUACAUUGGCGACUCGGCCGCCUACCUGGGCCAGAACCAAGCUGCCCCCGUCUUCAUUGCCCUCGUCAGCCUCACAGACGUCCUCGACAAGCACCUGCAGUACAUAUACAGCGUCGACAGGUCGACCGUCCGCGACACGACGGAGCUCGAACUGGCCCUCAACACCUGGGUCGAGUCGCUGUCUGGGAGUGUCCGCCUCAUCAUUCUCCGCGGAUCGAAUCUCGACACGCCAGGGGCGUCCAACCUCCGUCUAAGCUACCUCACCACGCGACUUCUCCUGCAGAGGAUCGAACUAGAAGCGGACAAGCAGACCUACGAAGCCCACGACCAGCGUCUCUCGAACCGCUACAUCCAGGCGCGGCGGACGGCAGAGGAGAUCUUGCUCUUCACCCAUGACCUAAAGCCCCCACAGCUCGGCGACUUUUGGCUCUCGACACAUGCCUUCUCAUACCCGGCCACGGUCAGUUUCCUGCUGCGCUGCGGUCUGGAGACGGCCAGCUCGCCCGCCAAUCUGGUGCAGAGCGCGUCGUUCCGCAUCGCCCAUGAGCUGCUCAACGCGCUGCGGACGCACCAGGAACAGCAUGCCUGGGAUCUGGGGGCCGUCUGUCUGGCGCAGCACGCCGACAUUGUCGACAAGAUCCUCGCGGGCACGUCGUCGGCGCACGAGUCUCACGAGACCAGUGGCUUGUUUGAGCCGCAGGACUUUGUGCUGCCGGACGUGUCGAUUAUCGACCAGUUUCUGCCUAGUCUUUGGGACCCUCUGCAGAAUGCAUGGUAG